AUGGCUGCUAAGUUUAGUAUUAAAACUACAUCAUCAUUCUUCAUAGAUCUGUGUUUAACAGUCAUCCUGUUUUUUACUUUGUCAUGCUUUUCUGCUGAUCCCGACCCGCUUCAAGACAUCUGUGUUGCCGACUUGAACUCCACAAUUCAUAUCAAUGGGUUUCCUUGCAAGCCGGAAAGGGAAGUCACAUCAGAUGAUUUUUUCUAUAGUGGCUUGAUGAAUGGAGCAAGCACAGCGAAUCCCGAAGGGUUUGGACUAAAACUUGGUGAUGUAACCGCCUUCCCUGGAUUAAACACUCAGGGACUUACGGUAAACCGAAUCGACCUCGCACCUGGUGGAAUAAUUCCAUUUCACGUACAUCCUCGAGCAAGCGAAGCUAAUUUUCUCCUAGAAGGGAAACUAUUUUUUGGGUUCAUAACUACUGCUGAUGUUUUGUACGCUAAGUUUAUGGAACCUGGAGAGUUGAAUAUUAUUCCUAGAGGGCUUGUGCACUUCGCAGCGAACGUUGGACCGGGGAAGGCUAUUGUGAUAGCUAUUUUAAAUAGUCAAAAUCCCGGAAUUGCAAGAAUUCCUAAUAACCUCUUUAAUUCUACCCCAACAAUUCCUGAUUAUAUUUUGGCUAAGAACUUCCGAGUUGAUGAGAAGGUCAUCGCUAUCAUAAAGUCGAAGUUUGCUCCCAAUAGUUCUUUGUCGUCUACUGGAACUUGGAAAGAUAUAUUGGUCUUCUAG